GCCACAGCCUGGUAAGGAGAUGACACGCCAGUCUCUGGUCCCCUCUGCCCCUUGAGCUGGGGGCAGGGGCCUGGGGGCAGUGCCGGUUCCCCUCCCUGGGCAGAGCGGGGGUCUCUCCCUCUCACUGAGCAGCAGCAGCAGCAGUAUCGGCCAUGGACAAGCUGCCCCCCUCCAUGCGCAAGAGGCUCUACAGCCUGCCCCAGCAGAUCGGACCCAAGGCGUCGAUCAUGGACGAGGAGGAUGACAGCGACAAGGACACCCGGAGGAAAAGCAUCAGGCUGAAGCCACUGCCUUCGCCCUCUGCUGGGAGCACCCGGGCCCUCGGGGGGGACCCCGGCAGAGGGGGGGACCCCGGCCUCCUGGAGACGGAGGCCGGCGGCAAGGGCGCCAAGACCAGCACCAACGGGGACUGCCGCCGCUUCAAAGGGAGCCUGUCCUCGCUGACCAGCAGGCACCUCCACGACGCGGCCGAGGAGAAGAGGCUGAUCGGCGGCGAAGGGGAGCCGGCCUCCCCCAGCGAGGACAAGAGCCCCCCCGGCAGUGGGGAGCUGGAGCAGGGGCUGCCGGCGCCCCCACCGCCCGCGUCCCCCCCGGAGCCUCAGCAGCCCCCCCGGGCCUGCUCCUCCACUUCCAUCAAAGUGGAAGGAGGUGGAGGGUGCGACCAGAUCACCCCAGAUGAGGAGCAGAGGCUGGGCCAAGCCGGUUUCAUGCAGAGGCAGUUCGGGGCCAUGCUCCAGCCGGGGGUCAACAAAUUCUCCUUGAGGAUGUUUGGCAGCCAGAAGGCCGUGGAGAGGGAGCAGGAGAGGGUUAAGUCUGCCGGGUUCUGGAUCAUCCACCCCUACAGCGACUUCAGGUUUUAUUGGGAUUUGACCAUGCUGCUCCUGAUGGUAGGGAACCUGAUCAUCAUCCCCGUGGGCAUCACUUUCUUCAAGGAUGAAAACACUACCCCAUGGAUUGUCUUCAAUGUGGUUUCGGACACGUUCUUCCUCAUCGACCUUGUCCUCAACUUCCGAACAGGCAUCGUGGUGGAGGACAACACCGAGAUCAUCCUGGACCCACAGAGGAUCAAGAUGAAGUACCUCAAGAGCUGGUUUGUGGUGGAUUUUAUCUCCUCCAUCCCCGUGGACUAUAUCUUCCUGAUCGUGGAGACCCGCAUUGACUCGGAGGUGUACAAGACGGCCCGGGCCCUGCGCAUCGUGCGCUUCACCAAGAUCCUGAGCCUGCUCCGCCUGCUGAGGCUCUCCCGGCUCAUCCGCUACAUCCACCAGUGGGAGGAGAUCUUCCACAUGACCUACGAUCUGGCCAGUGCCGUGGUGAGGAUCGUGAACCUCAUUGGGAUGAUGCUGCUGCUGUGCCACUGGGACGGCUGCCUCCAGUUCCUGGUGCCGAUGCUGCAGGACUUCCCCGACGACUGCUGGGUGUCCCUGAACCGCAUGGUGAACGACUCCUGGGGGAAGCAGUAUUCCUACGCCCUGUUCAAGGCCAUGAGCCACAUGCUGUGCAUCGGCUACGGGCAGCAGGCGCCCGUGGGCAUGUCGGACGUGUGGCUCACCAUGCUCAGCAUGAUCGUGGGGGCCACCUGCUACGCCAUGUUCAUCGGCCACGCCACCGCCCUCAUCCAGUCCCUGGACUCCUCCCGCCGCCAGUACCAGGAGAAGUACAAACAGGUGGAGCAGUACAUGUCCUUCCACAAGCUCCCGGCAGACAUGCGGCAGCGCAUCCACGACUACUACGAGCACCGGUACCAGGGGAAGAUGUUUGAUGAGGAGAGCAUCCUGGGGGAGCUGAGCGAGCCCCUGCGAGAGGAAAUCAUCAACUUCAACUGCCGGAAGCUGGUGGCCUCCAUGCCCCUGUUUGCCAACGCAGACCCCAACUUUGUGACGUCCAUGCUGACCAAGCUGCGGUUCGAGGUGUUCCAGCCGGGCGACUACAUCAUCCGGGAGGGCACCAUCGGCAAGAAGAUGUACUUCAUCCAGCACGGCGUGGUCAGCGUCCUCACCAAGGGCAACAAGGAGACCAAGCUGGCCGACGGAUCCUACUUCGGAGAGAUCUGCCUGCUGACGCGGGGCCGGCGCACGGCCAGCGUGCGAGCCGACACCUACUGCCGCCUGUACUCCCUGUCCGUGGACAACUUCAACGAGGUGCUGGAGGAGUACCCCAUGAUGCGCAGGGCUUUUGAAACCGUGGCUCUGGACAGGCUGGACAGAAUUGGCAAGAAGAAUUCCAUUCUGCUGCAUAAAGUCCAGCAUGACCUGAAUUCGGGUGUUUUCAACUACCAGGAGAAUGAGAUCAUCCAGCAAAUCGUGCAGCACGACAGGGAGAUGGCUCACUGUGCUCACAAUGUCCAGGCCGCCGCCGCCGCCGCCUCCACACCCACCCCGGUCAUCUGGACCCCGCUGAUCCAGGCCCCCCUCCAGGCUGCAGCAGCCACCACGUCCGUGGCCAUCGCCCUGACCCACCACCCCCGGCUCCCCACAGCCAUCUUCCGUCCGCCCGUGUC